AUGACAUGGAAGGAAUCUUCGCAGUCCACAACAGGGGGAGUGGAAAUGCAGGUACAGAACGAAGCACGGCACGGGCACUUCAGCCGCAAAUGCGCUGAAAGAGGAAAAGCUUCGUCUGAAAUCCGGGGGCCGUGGGGAUUAAAUGCGGAGUCCAAACGCUUGCUGUUCAUAAACAGAGUUGGAUACUCGCACCAUCAUCUACAUCUGCUGCCCUCAGCAUCUGAGGCUCUUUGGGUGCCGAGGAAAGUUGCGUGCAAAGCUUGGCCGGGGAAUAGGAAGAGGAAGAGGAAGAGGAAGAGGAAGAGGAAGAGGAAGAGGAAGAGGAAGAGGAAGAGGAAGAGGAAGAGGAAGAGGAAGAGGAAGAGGAAGAGGAAGAGGAAGAGGAAGAGGAAGAGGAAGAGGAAGAGGAAGAGGAAGAGGAACAGGAGCACGAGUACAGGCGGAAGCCCAAGCAGAAAGCGGCAUUCGCUUGGAGCAACGCUUUUCCGGAAGACUGCUGGCUGA